AAAUUAAAAUAGAAAUUGGAGGAGCGUGAAAGUGGGCCUAAAAAGGUUCUGUACCGGACCUCAGUACUUUUGCCAGUGUGUCAUCCCACCAUAAUUAGAUCUACGCAAACUACGAUUUAUUUCUAAAUAUUUAAAUUGAUGUUAAACCGUAUUCUCCUUUCGUCAAGGUCCUGCCGGUUUAUAAAUUUAUCAAGAUUCAAUUUGCAAACUUUGUUGCUUAACAAGCUGUCCACAAUGACUGGAGAACCUGCAGAGAAAAAGCUUCAUGGAACACCUAAAAUUGGAACACACAAUGGCAGCUUUCACUGUGAUGAAGUACUUGCUUGCUUUCUUCUCAAACAGUUGGAUCAGUACAAAGAUGCUGAAGUAAUAAGGACCAGAGACCCAAAAUUGUUGGACACAUGCGAUAUUGUGGUGGAUGUGGGCGGAGUCUAUGACCCAAGCAAACACCGAUAUGACCACCAUCAGAGGAGUUUCACUGAUUCAAUGAACAGCUUGUGGUCAGAGAAGAAGUGGGUGACCAAACUGUCCAGCGCUGGACUCGUCUAUCUGCACUUUGGCAUGGAUGUCAUAAGCAAAAUCCUGGGGCUGCCUACAUCUGAUCCUGUUACUGUUACAAUUUACGAUAAAAUGUACGAGAACUUCAUGGAGGAGAUUGACGCUAUCGACAAUGGGAUAAAUCAGAGUGAAUCCGAACCCAGGUACAGAAUCACGUCAAAUUUGAGCAGUCGAGUUGGACAUCUGAAUCCUAAAUGGAACUCCAAAGGAAUGGAUGAAGACGUCCAGUUUUUCAAAGCUAUGGACCUGGUGGGGUCGGAGUUUUUGUCCAAAGUGACUGAUUACAAGGAGACGUGGCUUCCUGCAAGGAGUCUCGUUCUUGCGGCGAUCAAGAACAGAUAUAAUGUGGACCCGAGCGGUCAGAUCAUCUGUCUGGAGGAGGGAGGCUGCCCCUGGAAGGAUCACCUCUUCACUUUGGAGGCGGAGCUGAAGGUGACGCCACCUAUCCUCUACGCGCUCUUCACAGACACCCAUGGCAACUGGCGUGUGCAGUGCGUUUCUGUCAGUAUGGGAUCAUUUGAAAAUAGAUUGUCGCUGAAGGAAGAGUGGCGAGGAGUCCGUGACGAUGAACUCUCAGAGAAGAGCGGGAUCAAGGGCUGUAUUUUUGUUCACACCAGCGGCUUUAUCGGUGGGAACAAGACCUAUGAAGGGGUUUUGGAGAUGGCUCGGCAGAGUAUAAAUGCUGGGAAAUAAUGCAUGAUUUUAUGUGCUUGUACCGGUAUAAUGACUCAAUGACGAUGUAUGGCAUUUAGGAAGGGUAUGUGUGGCGAGGAGUAAAUGUUAAUAAACUCAUUUGUUGUCAGCUGCUAUUUUUCAGUGUCUGGUGAAUUCUUUCUUGUGUGUGGUGUUUAGUUUAUGUGGUAAUGCAGUGGGUUUUGUUUGAUUUUUAAUAAAGAAUUAUUCCUUG